CUGCUGCCGCCGCCGCCGCCGGAGGCCGCUCGGAGCCGCGCGAACAUGGCCGAAGUCGGCGAGGACAGCGGCGCCCGCGCCCUGCUCGCGCUGCGCUCGGCGCCCUGCAGCCCCGUGCUGUGCGCCGCAGCCGCCGCCGCCGCCUUCCCCGCGGCCGCACCCCCGCCGGCCCCCGCGCAGCCCCAGCUCCCGCCCGGGCCGCCGCCGCCGCCGCCGCCUCCGCUGCCUCCGGGCGCGAUCGCGGGCGCGGGCUCCUCCGGGGGCUCCUCCGGGGUAUCCGGGGACUCCGGGGGCGCGGGCGCGGCGCCGGCCCUGGUGGCCGCGGCGGCCGCCUCGGUGCGGCAGAGCCCGGGGCCGGCGCUGGCGCGGCUGGAGGGCCGCGAGUUCGAGUUCCUCAUGCGCCAACCCAGCGUCACCAUCGGCCGCAACUCGUCGCAGGGCUCGGUGGACUUGAGCAUGGGCCUGUCCAGCUUCAUCUCGCGGCGCCACCUGCAGCUCAGCUUCCAGGAGCCGCACUUCUACCUGCGCUGCCUCGGCAAGAACGGCGUCUUCGUGGACGGGGCCUUCCAGAGGCGCGGCGCGCCCGCCCUGCAGCUGCCCAAGCAGUGUACCUUCCGUUUUCCCAGCACGGCCAUCAAGAUCCAGUUCACGUCGCUCUACCACAAAGAAGAGGCCCCAGCCUCCCCGCUCCGGCCGCUGUACCCACAGAUCUCCCCUCUGAAGAUCCACAUCCCGGAGCCGGACCUCCGGAGCAUGGUCAGCCCCGUCCCCUCCCCGACUGGCACCAUCAGCGUCCCCAACUCCUGCCCAGCCAGUCCACGCGGUGCCGGCUCCUCCAGUUACCGCUUUGUGCAGAACGUGACCUCGGACCUGCAGCUGGCAGCAGAGUUUGCAGCAAAGGCCGCGUCGGAGCAGCAGGCAGACACAUCUGGAGGAGACAGCCCCAAGGAUGAGUCAAAGCCGCCGUUCUCCUACGCGCAGCUGAUCGUGCAGGCCAUCUCCUCCGCCCAGGACCGGCAGCUGACCCUGAGCGGGAUCUACGCCCACAUCACCAAGCAUUACCCCUACUACCGGACGGCCGACAAAGGCUGGCAGAAUUCUAUCCGGCACAACCUCUCUUUGAACCGUUACUUUAUUAAAGUUCCACGUUCCCAGGAGGAGCCUGGGAAGGGAUCUUUUUGGCGAAUAGACCCUGCCUCUGAAGCCAAGCUCGUGGAACAGGCAUUCCGGAAACGGAGGCAGAGGGGCGUCUCCUGCUUCCGUACCCCCUUCGGGCCUCUGUCCUCAAGGAGCGCUCCAGCUUCGCCCACACACCCCGGGCUGAUGUCCCCUCGCUCCAGCGGCCUGCAGACCCCCGAGUGCCUGUCUCGGGAGGGCUCCCCCAUUCCACACGACCCUGAGUUUGGGUCCAAGUUAGCUUCUGUCCCAGAGUACCGGUAUUCCCAAAGCGCACCCGGCUCCCCCGUCAGCGCACAGCCAGUGAUCAUGGCCGUGCCUCCCCGACCGUCCAGCCUCAUGGCCAAGCCCGUGGCCUACAUGCCCGCCUCCAUCGUAACCUCACAGCAGCCCGCGGGCCACGCCAUCCACGUCGUGCAGCAGGCCCCCACCGUCACCAUGGUCAGGGUGGUCACCACGUCUGCCAACUCGGCCAACGGAUACAUCCUCACCAGCCAGGGCUCGGCGGGGGGCUCCCAUGAUGCGGCGGGCGCAGCCGUGCUGGACCUGGGCAGCGAGGCCAGAGGCCUGGAGGAGAAACCCACCAUUGCGUUUGCCACAAUCCCCGCGGCUGGCGGAGUCAUCCAGACGGUGGCCAGCCAGAUGGCCCCCGGGGUCCCCGGACACACGGUCACCAUCCUGCAGCCCGCCACACCCGUGACCCUCGGGCAGCACCACCUUCCAGUCCGGGCCGUGACUCAGAACGGGAAGCAUGCAGUUCCCACAAACAGUUUAGCCGGCAACGCUUACGCCCUCACCAGCCCUUUGCAGCUCCUUGCGACCCAAGCGAGUUCGUCUGCGCCGGUGGUGGUCACCCGGGUGUGCGAGGUGGGGCCCAAGGAGCCAGCAGCAGCCGUCGCGGCCACUGCCACUACCACCCCAGCCACUGCCACCACCGCCGCUGCCUCCGCGUCUUCCACUGGAGAGCCCGAGGUCAAAAGGUCCCGGGUGGAGGAGCCCACUGGGGCUGUGACCACACCGGCCGGAGUGAUCGCAGCCACCGGCCCCCAGGGGCCAGGCACGGGGGAGUGAGGACACCUGCAACGAGGGGGAGUGGGACUCACCCAGCGGCGACCCCAAAGCUGGACCUGGCAGCUCAGGCGGCCGCACCCACAGACGGAGGAGAACAGCCCGCGGCGGCCUGCGGGCAUCAGCGGCACCUGGACACACCCAGCCCUUUCCAUUUUAUCGCCUGCCUUCCCGUGGUUUAAAACAAAAACACAUAAACAAGUUCAGACAACUGAUUGUAUGAUUCUGGGAAUUCUUUGCUUUCAUUUCCUUCUCCCUCGGCACCACCUCCUCUCCCCAGGCCUCCCUGUCGGGCAUGGGGAGGAGGUUGGAGCUCAGCAUCUCGAGGAAUGUGUCAAGACAGCCCCUCCGCUCCACGCUGCACAGCCAGCCACCUUUGUCCGGGAGGACAGACAGAAACACAGCAAGGCACACACCAAGGCUACCGCGGAGGCCCGGGCACCGGACGGAUGCCUGUUGGGGAAGCCAGGAGCUGCCGAGCCACGGACCGCCUAACAGCCUCUCGCCCGGAACGUGACAUAGAGAGUGUUGGCAUUAACUCGGGGGGUGACUGAUUUCACUUCAGACCCCAAGUUUUUCUUUGUUUGUUUAAACAUGGAAUUCAGACUUCAUUGUACACCUGAGGCAGACACAAAAGGGAUCAUGUAUUUUUGAGGAUUUCACCUGUUGACGGUCUGAUGACCGGCCGUAGGUCCGGGGCCCCUGCUGGGUUUAAUCCCCUCAAAGAGUAAACCUGCCGCUCUGUCUGAUAACUUCAAGUAAGAGCAGCGGCUUCCUGGGUUGGCGUUCGCGGUGGAAGAUUCCUAGCAUGAAAGGUGGGCCUGGAUCUGCCGGCCGCAGACAUUGCGCUGCUGGGGACAGUCGGGGCCACUGCUCUGCAGACCAGACCUUCCCGAAUUCUCCCGUGGCCCCGAUGUCCCGGUGCUGACGGCCACACAGGGACCUAACAGUGCCAAACGCCAUCUGCUCCAGCUGCUUUUUCACCCAGUUACAGAGUCCCUACCACGCCCACAUUGAUCUGCUGUUUUAAAUUGGAACCAUUUCUCCUGCCUGAAACUCCAGGGCCCCUCCCUGGGCCAUCUGUGAGCAGAAGGAGACCCCACCCCAGCAGCAGUGGCGAGCAGGCCUGUGCCUCCACGCCCAGCCCCCGCCAACGCGACUGGUUUUGUUUGCCACACGGUGAGAACCGGAGGACGGGAUGCUUCAGCCAGUUGGGUGGCUCUAGGGUCCCUGAGGAAGCCCCUUCUGCACUUCCAUUAAGACGGCCAGUGGUGCCUAGAUCUUUGUCACCAAGCGGUGUUGAGCCAGAGCUGUCUAAUGCUGAGCCCAGCUCGGGAAGGAGAGAGGAGUCCUUCAGUGUGUCUUGGAGAUGCGAAGUGCGUCCUCGUAAAGGUCAGCUGUGAGUUUUGCUGGCCGCUCCGGCGCUGGCUCUCCUGUCCGGGACCACAAUGAGAAACAGCGACAGUUUCGACGCAGAGCUCCGGAAGUGCCUGAGGAGCAGUGGUUCUUGGAAAUCGCCCGUCCUCCACAUCACAGCCUCUCACCAGCAAAGCAGCCUCCGCCCGGGCCCUGGCGGGAGAGCCGCAGAGGGACCCAGGUGCCUGGAAGGCAUUUGAGGGAGGUGGCUGGGCAGGUGUCUCCCUGAAGAAGAAGGGAGAACACUUUUCAAAGUGAUUCUGAGGCAGUGCGGGAGGACACACGUGCUGUGCAGUGGAGUGGGGUCGCCCGUGGGCCCCAUCAGAGUCCCCGUCCCCCAGGACAAGUGCAGAACCUCAGUGGGCACCCUCCUUCCACCUAGAUAGAGAAAACCCCUGUUCGGUUUCCUUCCCCUGUUCCGUUGUAUUUCUAAGCCCCCCAAAUUGAGUCAUUUCUAUGGCACUAACCUGUCCAUGGGAAAUAAGUUCUUUGUGGAAGUCCGUACCUGUUGCCCUGGGUGAGGUUUCAGAGAAAUGGGGGCAGGAUGAACACAGCCGGCCGUCCUGGGUGCAGUUCCAUCCGUGGAGGGUGAGAGAUUGCGCCCCGUUCCACAGUUGUGGCGCCUGCUGUUGUCUGUGGGCCUUUUCUUUACGUGGUGCCUGGUGUGUGCGUGCAUGGCGUGAGAGAAUGGGGUGUGGUGGUUGGAGAUGGCUCCCCGACACCGGUGCCUGUGUGGCCUGAGCCGGCGCCCUCCCGGGAGCGCCCGUCACGGGGGGCCUCUGUGAUUGAUUACCUGCUGCUGCUCUCUCCCCCGUGGUGACUGUACGUCCCCAGGGCUGCCCGUGGCCACCCUGAUGGGGGACCUCUGUUUGCUUCUGGGCCGCUGCAGGUUGGCCUCCUCGUACAAGCUGAUGUCUGCAGGGAGCGCCAUGUGCUGGGAUUGCACCACGUGUUGGUCACAAAGCGAGGUCGCCUCUUGGCCUGGUCUGCUCAGGCUGGCCCUGCCCCACUUGCUUUCCUGGCUUUUGAGACACAGCGCAUUCUUCCUGUUAGCGGUGGCGUUCUCUGAUUUCACUGCUUCAUUGCCAAGGGCGUGGAAACGGGGGUGGUGGAUGGAGCCGGGAGGUGGCAAGCACAGGACCCCUGGGCUGCAUUCCGCCACGUGGGGUUCCACACUGUCUAGCUUCUGCGGGGACUGCAAAGAGGGACGAAGGGACGUGGUCCUAGGGGUCGGCUCAGACUUGGAGCAGGGCAGGGAGAGGAGGGCAAGGAGAGGAGGCCUGCGUCCUGGAUCCACUGCUCUGGGCUCAUAACCAUGAGAUUUUGAACGAGUCUUUGGUCAUCUGAGCAGGUACCAUGCCUGGCUCAUGCCGGAACUUGUCUUGGAACCGGUAGCCAGAGGCCCUGGAAGUGACAGGGCCCAAAAGGGUUGCAUGUCCCGGCCACAAAGCCCUCCCGGUGUGCCCUGAGCCAGCCCAGCAAGCGCCUCCCAGCCAGGCGCUUUCGCAGAAGCAAGAGCACAAGCCAGGGGGACCGGGAGAGCCUCAGCCCCCAGCCUGGGCGGCCUGUGACCCUGAGCCGUGUGGAGCCAGGACCCAAGAACCUUCUCUAGGUUCUCAAGGGUGAGCUGACCCGAGCAAUGUGCAGGAAUGUGGAGAGCAAAAGUAGCUUGAUUCCAGCCCCGUUCUGGGGUCACUGCGGAGGCAGAGGCUGAGGGCCUGCUCUCUGGUCACCACGGGCUGGGGGCACGGUCCACAGCAGAUGAGAACAGCAGGUCACAGUGGUGGCUUUGGGAAGGGCCCCUCCUGCUUUGCCCUGUUCGGAAAAGGGCUCCCUCAGAGCCCCUGGGCCCAGUAACCCACUUCUCUCUCCUGAUUCCUGGUGGAUAAAUUGCCAGGUUUAUCAAAUACAAGAAGACACUCACUUUGGCUAGGAGGUAAGUCCCAAAAAGAACGUCUUAAGUAGAGCACAGGUAUCCACUGAGGCCAUUUGGUGGCUCCUGGGAAGUGGGGAAGCAGGGCCUGAGCGUCCCCAGGCUGCUAGGGCAGCAGCUGGCUCAGGGCACACUCUCUCGUGCCAGCUUCUGCCUCCAGCCCAGUGUCCACGGAGCAGCGGGGCCAGAGGAGCUCAGGGAGACCUGGCUGUCUAGGGCAUGGUGCCCGGCAUCCCGAUGUGUGCCCGUCCUCAGCCACUUGUGUCUUUCUUUCCAUGUGGAAGUUCUCCCGGUGACACCUGCCCUCCGUUGAGGGUGGAAUUUGUCACUCAUGCCUUUGAGGGACCCAGAUGGACCAUCCCUCUUCUUCUUGCUUUCUACAUUCCUAAAAACCUCAACGUUAAUCCCUCACCAGUCGAGCCGAGUACGGCCUCGAUGCUGGUGUGGGGUCCCCAUGCAGAGACCCUCAGGUCCUUAUCCAGAGACCCUCGAGGCAGUGCUGGGAAGAUACUGGCAGGGGAGACCAUGACCAGGCAGGUGGAGCCAUGUAUGUCUCACACCUGCCGCCCCUCAGUUUCCUUCCCGAGGUCUGGUGGGUCCUCUUUGGGAUUUGCUGUUUAUUUGUAUUUCCCUUUUCUUUGGUUUAAGAACCAUGCCAAGUGAAAAUGGUGGGAAUGAAUUUCUGAGUCGCUGAGUGUUCCCUGCUCCUAGGUACCGCGCUCUGUGCUUCUCAAGCAGGGAGGAGAUGGAUUUGGUGGAGUUGGGCCAGGACGGGGGCCUCACCCUGCCCCCUCCAGACUGCCGGAGCCCCCAAGAAGUUCUGAGCACAGCUGGGCCUCGCCUCCCUGGCUCCUGGGUCCGUUUUCUCUACUGGUUUGAGAUCACAGGCAUCAUACAGCGAAUGCUCUUGUGUCCUGUACAUAAAGAGGGCCCUCCCUGGAGCACCCCCGGGGAGCUGGGACUCUCCAGAAAGCCCCAGUUGAGGGCUCCGUCUUGAGAGAGAGAAAUCCCUUCUUUGGGCGAUUCAGAGAGUUCAGGAGGAGGAGGAAGCUUUUCCUUGGCUUUGAAAUCAGUGUUUUUAUAGAGACAAAGAACAGACCUCAGUGGGAAAAACGAAAACGUAAUGGAACACGGGGAGGCGGCGGCGAAGAAAGGAUUUUCCCCUUCGCUUUCAGAGCUGGCGGGAGUGCAGGUCUGUUUUGCUUCAGAAGCCUCACAUUCUGCUUUUGCCCUUGAGUGACUUCAUGCAGGAUGCGGAACUGUUGACCUCUCUAGAGAGGACACCCCAAGUCCAUCCUGGGCUCCUCCUCACCCCUCUGAGAAAGUCCCCCUAAAAAAGGCUUCAGAGUCACCGGCGUGCCGCCUCACGUUGCAGGACGGAAUCGCGCGCUCCUCGAGCUGGAAUAAGUUACAAAACAUGAUUGUAAGGCUCUUUGCAAACACAGAGCCCCAGAAUGCUGGAUGGAGGCCUCCUCGGCCCUGCGGGCGGCCUGGCUGCAGUAGGUCUGCUGUAAGGAGCCACCACGGGGACUGCGUCACACUCCUGAUGAAAACGUGUUUACCCACAGCCUCGCCUCGAGCCUCCUCGACAAUACCGCUGCGUCGAAGCAAUAUUAUUUAAUGAGAAUACUUUACAUUGCUCACAUGUGCUGCUAUGAAGACAGGAUUAAUCUGUAGACGGGACUCAGCUCCGGAGGUUCCUGGGUAAUGUAUUUUGGCUCUUGGAAAUGAGGGUAGCAUUUAGAAUAUAACAAAUGGUCUCUCGCCCGCUUCUGUCCCUUAUUUUUAGAUUGUUUUCCUGCAUCUUACAAUUUCCUUUUCUUUUCAAAGUUCCUUUCUCCAAGCCUGUUUUUCAGUGCUCAGGACACGGUUUUCAUCACAUACUUACUGUUUUUUUGUUGGGUUUUGAUACGAAAAGCUGCUACAUUUGGUGACCAGAGGGAGGGUUUGGAAUCUGUGCUUUGCAGGGGAUCUCGGUGGGUACCGCGGCCCCUCGCAGGGUGGCGAGCGGGGUCCGUGCCUUGAGAAGGGGGCCCUUUCCCACGCCGUGCGGCUUGAAUUCUGUCGGAGUUGAAUCAGUGGAAAGGAUUGUCCCAUUAGAGCUGCUGCAUCCUUUCCUCUGUCCUCCCUGUCACCCAAACCCUGAAGUCACAGCUGCUUGGAAGAAUGGGAUUUUGGGGAUACAACCACACACAUUUCCCUCUGAACUGAAAUUUUAAAAAUAGACCCAUUUCACUGACUUCCUUUAGGGAAAAUAGUUUCAGUCUUGGGUUGUCUUGUGAACCCAUGGGCAUGGGACCCUGUCUCUGCUGGGCUUUUCCGGCCCCAUCCCAGCUCCUCCUCAGGCAGAGGCUGCAGCCCUCAGCUCUGCUGCUGGAUGGAACAUUUCAACUCCCUCCUGGAAGGUAGGCAGGGUGGAGGGCCCAGGGCUAGGCCUGCCAUGCGCCAUGACCAGGGGUGCUACCUGGGGGUGUGAAGCUGGGCUGGCUUUUCCUGGAGGUGGGUGAGAAGGCUCUCUGGGCAAAACAGAAUCAGAAGUCCACGAGAGAGAGGGGAGCAGGGAGAGUGGUGAGGAGGAUUUGUCUCUGACUGAUGAACCUCGCCGUGCCUGUCCGUCACAUCCAAGUCUGUGCCAGCUGCUGGGAGGUCAGACUCCUGCCCUGAGAAACAGCCUAGUCCUUGGAGAAUGAAACCCUGAGGGUCAGUGAGUGGAGGCCUUCCCUCGGGGCCGGCCAUUCCCGGGAGGCCUGAGUGUGACCCGGAAGCUCUGCGGGUCACCAAGACUGGCAUUUUCCUUGUAUUUUUGUGCAGGGCUGAAGUGAGCAUUCCUCCUCUGAAUUGGUGAGCCUUUGGGAUUUUUUUGUUUCUUUUACUCAUCCUAAUGGCUGGUUUUGGCUGCUCAGAGUAUCAGAGAAUAUUACUGAGAGGACAGUCAGUUUAUUUUUAGGCAUCUUUCUUUCUGUCCAGGGAGAAACCCCUCGGAAGAAUCUUAGUCACUCUUUGCACCUGCCCUGUCACUCUCGCCAUGGGGAAAAUGCGUUGAAAAGAAAAAUACCGGGGCCAGGGAGAAGCCGUGAAUGUAUUUAUUUGCUUUGGUGAAGCUGGUGAACACUGGCUGCAGAGGACCCCCGCCCCCACCCCGCUCCAGGCCCCAGUGACCCAGUUGCGUCUUAGGUUCCAUCCUCCAGAUUUCAGUCAACCAGAGGCUGCCAAAGGUGACUGAAGAGGUCUCAAAGUCACUCUGUCACCAUUUUUUUUUUUUUUUUGAGAUGGAGUCUCGCUCUGUUGCCCAGGCUGGAGUGCAGUGGCCCAAUCUUGGCUCACUGCAACUUCCACUGCAACCUCCACCUCCCAGGUUCAAGCAAUUCUCCUGCCUCAGCCUCCCAAGUAGCUGGGAUUACAGGCACCUGCCACCAUGCCCGGCUAAUUUUUGUAUUUCUAAUAGAGAUGAGAGUUUUACCAUGUUGGCCAGGCUGGUCUCGAACUCCUGACCUCAGGUGAUCCGCCCACCUCAACCUCCCAAAGUACUGGGAUUAUAGGCGUGAGCCACUGCGCCUGGCCUCUGUCACUUUUUUUGCUCCUUACCCAGUUUUUUUUUUUUGAGAGUGAGACUACAAUGGGAAGACUCCUAGUUGGUUAUUCUUUAUCUCGGAUUCUUUUUUCUGGAAUUGUUUGCUCAUUUGAGUCGUUGCUGGUUUGCCCUGUGUCAGACACAGCGAAAAGAGUGCAGGAAGGCUGGGGCCAGGGGGAGCGAAGUGGCUUCAAUCCGGGCUGACAGCCAAGAAGCAUUUUCCUCCCUUCGGCGACAGGACCUGCCCCUCCGAGUCUAGAGUUAAAAGCAGCUUCUAGAACUGGCCCCUAAGUUUCCAAAUGUGUUGGCUAAGCUGAAAUGAGAUCUGUGACUCUGAAUUAGACUUUUUGUUUGUUUGUUCUCUGCAUGAAGUUCACAGGCCUGUACGGAUGUUAAAUUGUGUCUGUAGCCUCUAAAUCUCCAGGUUAACUGGUCCAGAUUUUUUUUUUAAUCGGUAACAAUGGGGAUUUAAAAUCAAAUAUUUGGCCAGGUGCGGUGGCUCAUGCCAGUAAUCCCAGCACUUUGGGAGGCCGAGGCGGGCAGAUCACCUGAGGAGUUUGAGACCAGCCUGACCAACAUGGUGAAAUCCUGUCUCUACUAAAAAUACAAAAAAUUAGCCAGGCGUGGUGGCGUGUGCCUGUAAUCCCAGCUACCAGGGAGGCUGAGGCACGAGAAUCGCUUGAACCUGGGAGAUGGAGGUUUCAGUGAGUGGAGAUGACGCCACUGCACUCCAGCCUGGGCAACAGAGGUAGACUCUGUCUCAAAAAUAAAAAUCAAAUCAAGUAUUUUAAGUUUGGCCCCUCUUUCUUUCAAGAAAGGCUUUUUGGAUACCUAGAAUACCUUCGUGUAUGUGGCUUGAUUUCUGUUUCAGGAAAAGGGGGGCGGGAGGCUAGACAACAGCUGCGUUCCAGAGUCUGUCCUGAGAUGUCGCUGAGUCCAGACACUUGGGCUGCACGUGCCCUGCAGAUGACAAAGGCCGGCAGCUCAGCACACGUGCGGGAGGGGUUAAAGCCAAUACUGAGUUUUUGUUCUUGUUGUUUUAAUCUGAACGAUUAUUCUCCUGUAAAAAUAAUUUGGGAGGGGCGGGUGUUGUUCGGUGUGUGUGUGUGUGUGUGUGUGUGUGUGUGUGUAUGUGAGUGUAUUUUUUUUUUUUUUUACAGUGGCUGCCUGUCUAAAGUAUUUUUCACAACAUGUUUGAUUAUCAGUGCUUUAAAAAGCAGCAGUAUCCUAUAAAGUGGAAAUGUCAGUUCUAGAGCAUUGGAUGUGAAGUUCUGGUCAUGUCACCUUGCGUGUCUCACCCUGGAGGAGUGAAGGUGGGCGCCCGGGGGGUGUGUGGCUGUACCCCAGCACCGGGAGGGGGCACGCAUGACACCAGAGGAAGGGACAGCCCCACCCAUGUCAACAGCAGGCGGCCUGUGUUUUCAUUUCAAAUGGGAUACAGUAUUUUUUUAAUAAGGAGCCAUACUUUUUUUUAAGAGUUUGAGAUCUGAAUGUGAUUUCUAAUUGUAUCAGACGUUAAUGUUUUAAAGCUAUAACAAAGUUUAAAAUUUCUACUUUUUGUUUUUCAUUUAUUUUAACUGUUCUUUUAUCUAUUAAAUUGUUGUAUGUGGAUGGGGAAGUUUUGUUUCUCCUCUUAGCAUUUGUUUCUAUAACCAGAAAUAAAAUUCUAUAUUAAAGAAGUGA